GCUUGCCAGACCAGCAGCUAUUGCAGGCUGCGUGGUUCUGGACUUCUGGUAAAAAUGUUUAUCUUUAUCAAGAUAUUAUCAUGUUUGACAUAGAUAAGAGGUACGGAGAUAAGAAUUCGAGAAAGUAGGAAACUUUUAAGAAAUUCAUAUUUCAGAAUCACGACGGGAUAUACAAGACGUUCAGGUCAAAGAUCAGUCGAUCAGUAUUCACUAUUCAGUGUAUUCGACAUUAAAAUGUAAUGAAUUCGUUAUUAUGCGUUUUGACUAAUAUUAUUGAAGUGAUUAGUGAGUAACUGUUCAAAUAUAUAUUACAGUUGAAAGUCGGUUUGCAACUUUGUCGAGUUGUAUUUUUCAAUCAUACAAACAAUUGUACUCUAAUAGCUGUUUCAUUCCAUUAUGGCAGUGGCUAGUAAAAUAUUAAAAUCAAUAGAUACAUCUUGUCAUGAAUUCAUGCACCCGUGGGUGUCUUCAUGUUGCGAUGCAAGUGCUGGUGUACUCAUUCAUUCAAUCCAAGCAUCGUUUCGAAUUUACGUUACCACUUAUAUGUUGACAUUACUGAUGAAAGGUCGAAAGCCGACCAAGAAGGAACUUAAACGAACCCUGUUAAGUAUUUUACAGUCAACUGCUUUCCUGUCGUGCCAUGCAUUUGGUUUUUCAUCUGCUGUGUGCUUACUAAGAAGAUUAUUUGGGAAAUAUAAUGUGCUGACUGUAGCAUUUCUUCCAUGUUUUCUAUCCAGUCUAGUUGCUAUAUUAAUUGAAAGGCCAUCCAGACGAGGAUUACUAAGUCUCUAUGUAACAAAUGUUGCCUCAGAAACAUUCUAUAAUAUGAUGGUUAAUAGAGGCAUUAUAAAACCGAUUCCUUAUGGAGAUUUGUUUAUUUUUGGGUCAUCGAUUACACUACUGCUUUAUAUUUUUAGAGGACAGCAUAAUAAAACAGAUUCAAUAUAUUCCCUUUUAAGGUUUGUUGUUGGUCCUUCUGAAGAAAAUGGUUAUACUAAACCAUUGUUAUCUCCUCAAUCUCCUCAGUUGGGGAAAUCAAAUCAAGAUACUAUUCGACAAGCAAUUACCGAUAUACGUCAAGCUUACUGUACUAUAGACAGUGAAUUAAAAACAAUAUGGACCAGUGAUGUAUGUCCACAUGCUUAUGGUUGUUUACAUUACAUUCUUAGUUCAGGAACAAGAUUAUUUUUAGUUGGCUAUACUCUACAAUUAAGUUUGAAGUCCUUGUUACAAGCCAAUAGAAUUUUACGGAAACCGAGUUAUAUAUUAAAACUAAUGAUAUCCCCAGAUACAUUUAGUUUAGGAGCAUUUCUUGGAGGAUUUUCUUCCAUUUAUAGAAUUGUAUCAUGUGUAAUGAGAAGAUUACUAGGUAAAGAUUCAAAAUAUAUUUGUAUUCCUGCUGGAUCAUUGGCAAGUCUUACAUUUUGUUUGUAUCGUAAUAACACUAUUGCUUUAUAUGUUAUGUUGAAAACAUUACAGAUAAUGUAUAUUAAAGGUUCUAGCGACGGGCUGUUUCCUGAUUUACCACAAGCAAAUAUAUUCUUUCAUUGUUUUUCUACUGCUAUUUUAUUUCAUGCUGCUAUACUUGAACCACAUAACCUUAGACCAUCAUAUUGGAAAUUCCUACAGUCUGUAUCUGGAGGAUCUAUUGGAUUAAUUGAUCGACAUUGUUUAGAUACGUUUGGUCUCAAAUCAAGCGAAUCUCUUGAAAGAGUAUUAAAAAAAUAUAAGCCAGUUCCAUUACAAGUUUUUAAAUUUUAAACAUUUGUUAUUUAAUUGAGGACGUAAUAUGUACGGUUAAUGGUGUACAUAAUAUAGUAUGGUAGAUUUUUAAAGUGUU